UAAAUAGUAAUAAAUACUCAGUUCUCAGUUGUCAACUCACACUGCCAAACAACUGAUGCUAUACUGUCUAAGUGCUGUUUACAACUUAAUUUUUAAAGAAAUUUCAUGAUUUUCUUACUAAAUAACUGUCUGAAAUGGCCGCAUUUACAUCGAAUUAUGAAAGCGAGCUCAAACCUGACUUGGAGAGCGGAAAAGCGAUUUGCCGUUGUUGCCUUUCAACCGAUAGACGCAUGACGAAAAUCGGAACCUUUUGUGGCCUUUUUAUCGAUUUAGCUGAUAUUAUUGUUACAGAGUCGGACGGUUUACCGCAAUGGAUUUGCUGGGAAUGCAGUGCAUUGCUUUUUAAGAGUGUACGGUUCAAGCUGAAGGUGCUCCGAGCUCAUGCCAUGCUGUAUGACUACCACAGCAGAUGUGCCCCAUUUCCAAUAGAUGGCGCUGAUCCAGAACUAACGAAAUACGCGAGCCCCCACCUAGGUACCUGCCCCACCCUCUUGUUUGAUUCGGGAAAAAGCAGAUUGGGCUAUCAUAAAGUUUUAGAGCACGAGAAGCCCCUGAUACAGACGAAAUUGGACGAUAUCCUCAUCACCGAAGACGGAGAUGUGAACUUGUACAAUGAUGACAUCUCCAUCAAAGAUGAAGCCAUACUCUCCGACUGUAAUGACAAUGUACCUUUGGAAGUAGUUAGAACAAACAAGAUAAAAUAUGAAGAAGAGAAACCUAAAACGGAAAUAAAAGAAGAGAAGAAAGAAAAGAAGAAGAAAGUAAAGAAAAAGAUUAAAACCAAAAGAAAAGACGUCAACUUAAAAGACGGCAAUUUAGACACAGCAUUCGAGGCUUUUGAACCAAAGAGGAGCGCUUUAAGAAAACCCAUAGAUAUAGACGAAACCAAAAUUAGGAUUAUCAAAUUGGACCCCGCGGAACAGUUGAAGCAGAGAGAGGAGGAGACCAAAGUGAAACUAAAAUUCCCGUUCGAAUGCCAUCUGUGUUUCAAAGGUUUCAACUUCGAGGCCAAACUGAAAAACCACAUGUUCAAGCAUAGCCCGUCCCGCGGUCCAUACAAGUGUUCGCUGUGUUCCAUGCACCUACCCACCGCGUACUCCGCGUCGGUGCAUUCCCUGACGCACACGUUGCGUUACGAGUGCGUCCAGUGCGGCAGACGAAUGCUCGACCGGCUGGCUAUCGUCAACCACUACCGAUCUCAACACGAGGGUGUCUUAGCAGUAUUUACAUGCCAUCUCUGCGGAAAAGUGUCAAACAAUGACAAGACCCACCGCGGUCACAUGCGGAACCACCACUCCGGGUCGGGGCGGGUCAAAUGCGACGACUGCGGGAAGAGCUUCGUCAACAAGGACUCGCUCGUCGAGCAUCAGCUGAUACACCAAGGCAUCAAGAACUACGAGUGCCCCGAGUGCGGGAAGCGGUUCCGCACGAGGAACCAGAUCCGUCACCACAUGAUCAAGCACAGCGACUCGAAGGACUUCUACUGCGUCGAGUGCGACGUCAGAUUCAAAUCUGCUCACACUCUUCGACAACACCUUAAGAGGACUCGGAGGCAUAAAGACACGAAAGCCCCAAAGCUGGAGUGUCCGGUGUGCAGCAAGGGUUUCUCCGCGUCGGGCGCGCUGCAGGCGCACGUGCGCGUGCAGCACGAGGGCGUGCGCGAGCACCGCUGCGCGCAGUGCGACGCCGCGCUGGCCUCGCGCUCCUCGCUGCUGAAGCACGUGAAGGUGGUGCACGGCGGAGUGCGCGCGCCGCCCGCGCACGUCUGUCACACGUGCGGCAAGAUGUUCCGGGCUAAGAGCACGCUGGUGAACCACGUCCGGACGCACACGGGCGAAAAGCCGUUCACGUGCGCGGACUGCGGACGCAGUUUCGCGCAGCGGACGGCGAUGCGGACGCACGUCAAACUCGUUCACUUGAAGAUGCACCGAAGCGCCAAGAUAAAGCCGAAGCCGCCACCACCCGAGGUCCUACCCCCUAAAGCGGAGGUCUUCAAAGAAGACCCCCCAAUCAUGUUCGAGUGGGGCAGGCAGAACCUACCGUGCGAAUAUUUCACAGUUACCGCGGGACCCUGACGUGGUAGUGACUUUGAUAUGAUCUGUAAUGUUAAUAAAGACCAUGUAUUUUGUUAGCAAUAAAAAUAGUUUUGUACU